AAUGCUUAGAGAUAAUUUAUUGCUCACAUAUUCUGAAAUCUGGAAAGCUAUAAUUUAAUACAUAAACAUUUUAGGAAAUCUGGUAAUACCAUGGAAAAUUUCUCUAUGGAAAUUUAUAUUGCUACUUAAUUCUGCCUCUCAGGACUCAGAUAUUUGCUUCAGAGUUUAGACAGUUUCUUACAUAGUAAUUUCUUGAAAUUAACUCUUCAAUUCAUAAUAUACCUCCUUUUUAGUUUUUAGAUUGUCUGCUGUCCUGCAAGAAGUUUUCUGCAAGUGCCAUAGUGUGUCAAGUUGUUGGCAGAGUCAAAACAAACUUGUCAGAAUGGCUGAUCCUCGGUUGAAGUCACUCCGCAUCAAGACUGGGGUCCUCAAAAGGACCUACAAGGAAACCAUCAGCUAUCAGAACGAGGCUGCCAAAAUUCAGGAAAAGAUAAAGAAAAUGCAGGAGGAUGGAGAAGAUGUUUUCUACGUCAAGAAGCAGGAUGGACUCCUGCAAGAGACGCAGUCUGUCAUUGUAGACUGUCAGAGGCGCCUAAACAUCGCAUAUGCUGACGUCUCCAAGCUUGUGCAGGAUGAGACUGAACUAGAGGAGGCAGAGGAGUACAUAGCAGCCAAGGCUGCACUGGAGGAGGCUAAGGCUCUCGCCACAGCCUAGUCUCUC